AUGUCAAGAGCCUUUAAUGUCCUGCAGAUGAAGGAAGAGGAUGUCCUCAAAUUCCUUGCCGCACGAACCCACUUAGGUGGCACCAACCUUGACUUUCAGAUGGAGCAAUAUAUCUACAAAAGGAAGAGUGAUGGUAUCUACAUCAUAAAUCUGAAGAGGACCUGGCAGAAGCUGUUGCUUGCUGCUCGAGCUAUUGUUGCCAUUGAUGUCAGCGUCAUCUCCUCCAGGAACACUGGCCAGCGAGCUGGGCUGAAGUUUGCUGCUGCCACUGGAGCCAUUCCAAUUGCCGGCUGCUUCACACCUGGGACCUUCACUAACCAGAUCCAAGCAGCCUUCAGGGAGCCACAGCUUCUAGUGGUGACUGACCCCAGGGCUGACCACCAGCCCCUCACAGAGGCCGCCCACAUCAACCUGCCCGCCAUGGCUCUGUGCAACGCCAAUUCUCCUCUGUGCUAUGUGGACAUCGCCAUCUCAUACAACAAGGGAGCUCACUCACUGGGUCUGAUUGGUGGACGCUGGCCCGGGGAAUACUCCACAUGCAUGGCACUAUCUCCUCUCAAGGUGGCAGACUGGUCUGAGGGUGUGCGGGUGCCCUCUGUGCCCAUCCAGAGGUUCCCUACUGAAGACUGGAGUGCCCAGCCGGCCACUGAGGACCGGUCAGCUGCUCCCACAGCGCAGGCCACCAAGUGUGUUAGAGCCACCACUGAACGGUCCUGA